CUUUCGCCGCCAUCUCAGCGCUGAGGCGGCCGGGCGGUCACCGGGACGAGGGGUCGCGUCCCCGCCGCUCCUCCCGCUGCUUUUCCCGGGGAUUCCCGCUGCUUUGCCCGCUCCGGCCAUGCUCUCCCGCCUCGUGCUCCGCGCCGCCCCCGCCGCGCUGAGGGCGCUGCCGCCGCCGCCCGUGGCCGUGGGUGUGCUGCACGCCACAAGACAACUGCACACAACUCAGCAGAGUUUGGCUCCUUUGCCACCCCUACCUGAGAAAGGAGGAGAAGUUCGUCAUGGUUUGAUUCCCGAGGAGUUUUUCCAGUUUCUCUACCCUAAAACAGGAGUCACAGGGCCCUACAUGCUGGGAACUGGCCUGGUGCUUUACCUGCUUUCCAAGGAAAUCUAUGUGGUUAACCACGAGACAGUGGCAUCUGCCUGUAUCUUGGCAGUCAUCAUUUAUGGCAUCAAGAGGUUCGGGCCUGAUGUGGCAGCUUUUGCUGACAAACUUAACGAGGAGAAAAUGGCCAAAGCUUUGGCUGUGAAGAACGAGGCCAUCGAGACUCUCCAGGCGGCCAUUGAGGAGGAGAAGAAGGAGCAGUGGCGGGUCGAGGGCCGCUCUUACCUCUUUGAUGCAAAGAGGAAUAACAUCGCGAUGCUGCUGGAAGCCAACUACCGGGAGAGGCUGAUGAUGGUGUACAACGAGGUGAAGAAGAGGCUGGACUACCAAGUGGCCAUGCAGACCCUAAAGAAGCAGAAGGAACAGGAUUACAUGAUUCAGUGGGUGGAGAAGAACGUUGUUCAGAGCAUCACACCCCAACAGCAAAAGGAGAGCAUUGCCAAGUGCAUCUUGGACCUGAAGGCGCUGUCCAAGGGUGCACAUGCAACAGUGUGACCUCGUCUGAGCCCACUGACACGUCUCAGUGCUUACUGGUGGAAACUGUAUGAUCCUAAAACGUCAUUAAACAAACAAAAACC